ACGCAAUGGCGGUUGUGUUCGUAAGUGUCAAACCACCGCGGGCGGACGGAACGCCCUGCCGUAUAAUUAAUACCUUGGUCGAUAAGCACUGUUGAUUCCCGCAAAGGCCACCGGAAGAUCCCCGCUAGACUGCCUUAUCGCGUGCCAAAAACCGUUCCAUCGGUUCCCGACCUCGCCGUCCCGAUGACCAAGCAAUAUCGCAUCGCCUCGCUAAAUUGAGUAUAUGGUACCCACCGGCGAGCCAGCACCAUACCGUACCACCCCGAACCGUAACCGUUAUUUAAACCCCUCGUUACUUCCCAUUAUUUUAUUCCUCACCGAAUUGCGUCGCCAGUUCGACAAAUCUACGGGAAGGAAGAACGAAACGAAAUACGGAGACAAACAUGUGUCACAAAAUAACAUGCUCCACGUGCUGUAAGUCAGUUAGCUUUACCCGAGAAGGCGGCGGUGGUGAGGGGAGCAAUUCAUUUGAUCGUUCGUUUGCUAAGAUGGUCCGCGGUACGACAACAUAGCGGGGACUACCUGGGUCGGGUGCGGAUCCCACAUUCCUCAAGUUAUGGAACGGGUUCCGAAGGAGCAGUGGUGUAGGUGCUCGGGCGGGGAUGGGGAGUACCCGCCGGGUAGGAAAUGGUGUGUGAUUUCCUGAGGAAAAAACGGGGGUAUCAUACGUCUUAUCAUAUCAUCGGGGGGGGGGGUUAUUUUUGUCCGUGGAAAUGGUGAUGGUAGCGAUGAUAAUGGGUGUUUUCAAGGAGUUGUUCUUCGUCUGUAUAGCACUAUGAUAGGAGGUAACUUAGUAUUCAACUCAAGAGUUUGAGCACGGUAACAUGUCAUUCGUUGAGAGAAUUAAUAAUUUGCGCUCCCCUACAGGGGUUUCGACUAUUCAUACUUCUAGACCCCAACGUAUCCGUGGGGACUAAGUAUAAUCCCGUUUUCUCGCUAUCCAUACGUAAGGGAUCACUCAUUCGAUUGUCUGAUAGACCCAGUGUUCCUAUCG